GAGAGAGAGAGAGAGAGAGAGAGAGAGGUGAUCAUGCUGAGGGAUAAGUCAACAGAAAUAGAUACAGGCCAAUAGCAUCACAAUGCAAACACUGCCCAGGGACAGGAGAGAAAGAGGGGGAGAAGGAGAUAGAGUGGGCACCAUACAGCCACAUACACUCCACAUAAAGACAUUGAGACAAAUGCUAGGAAUCCAGAAACCACGCCAACGAGCCAGGUUUACAAAGACAAGGAUGGCCGCAGCGAUUUCUGCCCGUAUCUAGUGAAGCCCACCUAACCUCUGAAGCCCACCUAAACACAACUCUACAGACCGGAGUCGACACAUUUUCCACCUGCUCAGCGUGUCCAGCUAAACCCACUCCCCUAGACCUGCUGCGUGGGACACAGACUGGGAGAAGGAGGAGAGAGGGGGAAGAGGAAGACCAGCGGCAGGUCAGGAAAGAGACUUGAGCGGCGCCUCCGAGGAGCCAUGAGGACGGCCAGGCGGGCCAGCACCGUGGAGGUGCCCUCCUUCCUCCGCCAGCUGGCCAAGGAGACAGAGAAGAUGGUCACCUUCUUCUUUAAGGGGGGACAGAGAGAUGGCCAGGAGGGGAGCGAAGAGGACUCCAGUGAUGAGGAUAACGGGCCAAGUGUCUACCUGGACCGGCCCAUCCUGGAGAAACACGCGACCGAGGGAGGGUCUCAGUGGGGGUUGAACUAUGCAACGGCCAGCAUGCAGGGCUGGAGGGCGCAGAUGGAGGACGCCCACGCCUGCAUGCCGGAGAUGGGAGGGGAGCUGGCGGAGUGGGGCUACUAUGCAGUGUUUGAUGGACACGCUGGCAACACGGUGGCACAGUACUGCUCCCGCAAUCUGCUGCAACACAUCCUCGCUACAGGGCGCGUAAAGGCAGAGGAGAACCCUGAUGGUGUGAAGGAGGGGAUCAUCGAGGGCUUCCUGGCCAUUGACAGCCACAUGCACACGCUGACGCGCCAGGAAUGCUGGGAGCGCAGCGGCUCCACGGCGGCCGUCGUCAUGCUCUCGCCGCAGUACGUCUACUUCGUCAACUGCGGCGACUCGCGGACACUCCUCUGCCGUGACGGCCACGUCAUCUUCUACACGGAGGACCACAAGCCCGUCAACCCCAGGGAGAAGGAGCGAAUACAGAACGCAGGCGGCUCGGUGACCCAGCAUAGGGUGAACGGCUCCCUGGCCAUGUCCAGGUCCCUGGGAGACUUUGACUUUAAGGAGGUGGAAUGGAGGUCCCAGACUGAGCAGCUGGUUUCCCCAGAGCCAGAGGUGUAUGAGCUGGAGAGGUCCCCGCAAGACGAGUUCCUCAUAGUGGCUUGUGACGGCGUGUGGGACGCCAUCGGCAACGAGGAUCUGUGUGCAUUCGUCCGCAGCCGCCUGCAAGUGUGCAAUGACCUGAGGGAGAUCUGCAACCAGGUCAUUGACCUCUGCCUCUAUAAGGGUAGUUUGGACAACAUGAGCAUCAUCAUCGUGACCUUCCCUGGCGCACCCCAGGUUUCACAAGAGGCCCUACAACAAGAGGCCGAGCUAGAGACACUCCUCGAGGUCAAAGUGGAAGAGAUAGUACAUUUGCUAAGGUCGCAGGACAAGGACCCUGACCUGCUGUAUGUGAUGAAGUUUCUGGUCUCUGAGGACAUACCUGGCCUACCACCUGGGGGAGGAGUCACCAGCAAAAGAGACUGUGUCAUCUCUGCGUAUCAGAAGUUUGUAACGCCCUCCAGAUCUCUGAAACCAAUGGACAUCAGAGGAUCUGAAGAGUCCAACUAGUCGUUUCCAUGUAAAUGUAUUCUUUAGCCUCACAUAUCCAUGGUGACCAAUUCCAACUGGGGACUCUUUUCAGCUGAGGAAUCAGCCAAUGGCUAAAUAAAGAAAUAUGGUGGGAGGGGGUUUGACCUGGGCCUGCCCUUAGCCAAUCAUCUCUUCUCUGUUCCUCAUGUACACUGUCUAUCAACAAGUCUACUGUAUCUUUAGAAAAUAUCAAAUAGUUGGCAUUUUCCAGGAAGGGAAGAAUUACAUAUUCCAAAACUAUUCUUUAAAAUGCAUGACAAUUAGAUAUAAUAUUUUCUAACUUUCUAACAACACUUUACAGUGCCUGAGUAGAUCUGGUUACUUUUCUUGAAGACUAGAAGCUUGUGAAUAAGGCUGAUCAUGUUAUUUCAUUUAAAAGCUAAUUGAUAUGUUUAAGCGGUGCCCAACUCCAUACUACCGCUGUAAAUCAAGUUGACCAAACACCCCUUCAACCAUCGCAGACCAGCGAAGGCUCCGAUAUGGAUGUGUCCUGUGAUGGCAUGGCCUACACUAAAUAAUCUGCAGAAUCCUGUGAGGGAACAUAGGUGACAUGAAUAGAUGUGGGGGUGUGUGUGUGUGUGUGUGUGUGUGUGUGUGUGUGUGUGUGUGUGUGUGUGUGUGUGUGUGUGUGUGUGUGUGUGUGUGUGUGUGUGUGUGUGUGUGUGAGAGAGAGAACCAGCAGAGGAUAACAUGGGGUGUAGGAUUAUUGGCACACAUACUGUACCCCAUAAAAUUUAACCUUUUUGCAGUUUAAAGCACAGAUGCUCACAGCUAGACAUGAUUUAGACCAGUGUGAUGCGUAAAGUAGUACAGCUAUAGGUAAAUCGCUUUACUGUUUGCAUGUUUUCGUUUCAAUACAUGUCAUUGUGCUGCCUUACAAAGCUCUCUGUAGUUGUAUGGUUAAUUGAUUCCUCCUUUGGAUCAUACCAAACGGAUGAACAUAGUAACUGUAUUCCAUGACAGAGGUCAAAAUGAGCUAGACUAUAGAUCAAACACCGCUGCAGCAUGUCUGUUUGAAUUCUAUGAAAUCAGGAGGAAAUAGGAUCCAAGACCAUUCGACAGCACAACAGGUUACUAUGAGAUCUUUCGCAAUCGCAUGUCAAUUGGGGCAAUAAAUGAAUGAAAUCGAAUGACAUUCUGUGAACAAUUCUGUCCUGUUGUUUUUGAUGGAGCGGAGUGAAUGUUUGAUUACCAUCCAAUUACAGCCUUCAGACGGAUAGAUACGGCACUACAGGGUUAAACUAAGGACCAAGGGAGAAGAAGACAACACAGUUCCAUAACCAACCAUUGAUAUCGUUCACAACUGUAUUUUCGCCAGUUGUAUGCAUCUAAACCAGGGGUGUCAAACUCAUUUCAUGGAGAGCCUAGUGUAUGCUGUUUUUUCUUUUUUUCUUUCAAUUAAGACCUAGACAACCAGGUGAGGGGAUUUCCUUACUAAUCAGUGGCCUUAAUUCAUCGAUCAAAUAAAAGGGAGGAGCAAAAACCCACUGACACUCGGGCCUCUAUGGAACGAGUUUGACACGUGAUCUAAACCAACAAGUAGGGAGCUGGUGUGUAUUUCCUAGCACCAGUAUAUCUUACAAUACUCUUUUCAACAGUAAUAGAAAGAUCAAGGUAUUGGGUUGAAUUUGGGACCAUUUAAUAAUCUUAUUGCAACAUGGAGUUAUUAGCCAUCUAAUACACGCGCAGGGUUGGAUGUCACCCAGUAUGGUGUUGGUUGUUACAAUGUUUGGUAGUAGUUUAAUUCCUUUUGGUAACAAGAAAUGAAGCAAUGUAUCUUAGUCUUAAAUAAUAGUCAAGCUUUUUCUAUGACGAUCAAAAUUCAGCAUUUUAUGCCGUGGGAUUAACAUAUGACUUUUAGUAAAUUGUUUGCACAUGUAUGUGUGGGUGUGACAAAUGUGAGAGAGGCUAGGAAGGGUUGUCACGACUUCCUCCGAAGUUGGUCCCUCUCCUUGUUCGGGCAGCGUUCGGCGGUGACGUCACCGACCUUCUAGCCAUCGCCGAUCCACUUAUCAUUUUUCCAGUGGUUUUGUCUUGUCUUCCAUCACACCUGCUUCCAAUUCCAUCAAUUACAUGUUGUGUAUUUAACCCUCUGUUCCCCCCCAUGUCCUUGUUUGGAAUUGUUUCAUGUAGUGCUUGUGCACAGUAUGCUGGUGAUUACUGAGUUUUGUUUGACCCAUUUCAUGUAUUGUUCUGUUGACGGUGGUUCAUGUUUCACUGAUAUAGGAAAAUUGCAUUUGUGUGUGUUAGGCAGUGGCGACCCGUCAUUCAGGGCAGGUCAUUUUGGUAUUGAUACGUGUCACAUAUC